GAGUGACGCAGAUCCGCUGCUGCAGGGACACACGUGUGUGUUUUUGUGAACAUGCAGCGCUGUUAGUGUGUCAAAUACACACAAUUAUUCAUUUAUGAUUUGUGAGACUAUCACCAGGUCUUAUUUAUGUAGAUAAAUAUAUAAGUAAAGAUAUACGUUAUAUAUAGUUAGUAAUAAUAGUUAUUGAUCGUCUGUAUUGGUAAUCAGUGUGUGAAGUUUAUUUUGUGACUGCAGCACAAAGAUGUUUUCAGACAUGGAUCUGAUCAGAACUAUUGGUGAUGAUGAUGAAGUGCCCGACGAGCCGGAUUCAGCAUCUGAUGAUGAAGCUGAUCAGCCCAUCGUGUUGAGUAAAGAGAAGCGCGCUCUGAAGAGCCGCGGCAUUGGAGACUUCAGCGCUGAUUUUGAGUUCGGAGAGCGAGACGGGUUGUACAGUGGCGACUGGGCGAUGGACGACGUGAUGGCGCAGCUGAAGAAGAGGAAAGCACCCACGACCCUGGACGAAAAGAUCGAGAAAGUGCGGAAAAAGCGCAAAACUGAGGAGAAAACUCAAAAAAGCAAGAAAACAGAAGUUUCAGCUUCUAAGCCAGAAAACGAAGAAGACGAUGAUGAUGAGGAAAAUAACAAUGACGACAAUGAAGAAUCCGCUGGAGAUGAUGAUGAUGAUGAUGAGGUGGAGGAAGAUGAGUUCUCAUCAGGCGAUGAAGAGGUGCUCAAAAAAGCAGACACUUUGAGAGAAAAACAGAAGAAGGGCAAGAGGAAAACAGCGGAAAUUCCUGAAGCAUUUUUUGAAGACGCUUCCCAGUAUGAUGAGAGUCUCACCUUCCAGGAUAUGAAUCUGUCCAGACCUUUACUGAAGGCCAUCACUACUAUGGGCUUUAAGCAGCCCACUCCUAUUCAGAAAGCCUGCGUCCCUGUGGGGCUUCUGGGAAAAGACAUCUGUGCAUGUGCCGCCACUGGCACUGGUAAGACGGCGGCCUUCAUGUUGCCGGUCCUGGAGCGUCUGAUCUACAAGCCGAGAGAGACGCAGGUGACGCGUGUGCUGGUUCUGGUGCCGACCAGAGAGCUGGGCAUCCAGGUGCACACCGUGGCUCGUGAGCUGGCGCAGUUCACCAGCAUCAGCACGUGCCUGGCAGUCGGUGGGCUGGACCUGAAGUCUCAGGAGGCGGCGCUGAGGGCGGGGCCAGACGUCCUGAUCGCCACGCCGGGACGACUGAUCGAUCACUUGCACAACACACCGUCGUUUGAGCUCAGCCAGAUCGAGAUCCUCAUCUUAGACGAGGCCGACAGGAUGCUGGACGAGUACUUUGAGGAGCAGAUGAAGGAGAUCAUCAGGAUGUGCUCCUAUCAGAGACAGACCAUGCUGUUCUCGGCCACCAUGAGCGAGGAGGUGAAGGAUUUGGCGUCGGUGUCGCUCAAGCAGCCGGUGAGGAUCUUCGUGAACAGUAAUACAGACGUGGCUCCGUAUCUCAGACAGGAGUUUGUGAGGAUCAGACCCAACAAAGAAGGAGACAGAGAGGCGAUUGUUGCAGCUCUCCUCACCAGAACGUUUCAGGAUCACGUGAUGCUCUUCACUCAGACUAAGAAGCAGGCUCAUCGCAUGCACAUUCUGCUGGGUUUGAUGGGGUUAAAGGUCGGCGAGCUUCACGGGAACCUGUCGCAGACGCAGAGAUUGGAGAGUUUGAGGCGUUUUAAGGAUGAACAGAUUGAUAUUUUGGUGGCCACAGAUGUCGCUGCCAGAGGUCUGGAUAUAGAGGGAGUGAAAACGGUGAUAAACUUCACCAUGCCCAACACGGUGAAGCAUUACGUGCACAGGGUCGGACGAACGGCUCGCGCGGGGAAAGUGGGCCGCUCCGUGUCUCUCGUGGGCGAGACUGAGAGGAAGAUGCUGAAAGAGAUUGUUAAAAAAGCCAAAACGCCCGUCAAAGCUCGCGUCAUUCCUCAAGAGGUCAUUCUGAAGUUUCGUGAUCUGAUUGAGAAGCUGGAGAAGGACGUGUACGCAGUGUUACGCUUGGAGAGGGAGGAAAAGGAAAUGGUCCAUUCAGAAGCGCAGAUCAGUUCAGCUCAGAGGAGGUUAACACAGAGCGCAGACGAGAAACCGGCGCCCAGGACGUGGUUCCAGACGAACCAGGAGAGAAAGAAAGAUCGCAUGACGAAGGCGCUACAGGAUUAUGAUUUGGCUCUGAGAGGAAAGAAAAAACGUGCACAGUUCCUGAAACAGGGCAAGAGAAAAGAGUUAACGGCUGAGGAGAGAGCUCAGUUCGAGGUGCUGAAGUCUCAGAUGUACGCCGAACGAGUAGCUAAACGCGAUCGCAAGCAGAAGAGAGCCAGAGCCAUUCCAGAAGACGAACCCGUUCAGAAGAAAACGAAAGAAAACAAAUCUAGGAAGACGACAGUGUUUGACAAGGAGCUCACGAACACCAGCAAGAAAACCCUGAAGCAGUACAGAGCCGGGCCAUCCUUCGAGGACAGGAAGAGACUCGGCCUACCAAACAAGAAGGGAGGACGCUUCAAGUCAAAGGCCAAGUUCAGAAGAAGAUGAAGUCGUGACUGAUGUAUAAGAAGCAAAACUUGAAUGGAACAUCUGCCUCUUUAUCAUUUUAUCAUCAUCCUCCUCCUUCCAAACGCAACUUCCCAAACCCUUCCAAUAAAACUCUACACCUGAAAA